AUCUGAGUAUUUAGCGCGUUUCUGUGAACUGGUAACGGGCAUGCGCAGUGGGCAGCGGCAAGCCGAUGCGGAUAUAAGGAUUGGCGCCGGCGCCACAGCUGAUGCAUUCAUUCAUUGAUCACCGAGGAGCAGAGCCAUAAAUACACUCGACACAAUGUUCAGACGCAGCGGUCGCAUCACUUUGCAAGCCAGAGAUUCCAACACGCUCGAGCCGACCGUCAAAGCCCCACUGAAGAAAAGGAAAUCGGAGCCCUCCAAGAAAAAGCUACAACCUGCUGCCAAGAAACAAAGCUAUGAAAUACAGAAGUGCUGGUCGGAGGACGGAGCGAGUCCAUGCGUCCUCAUCGAGACGCCCCACAAAGAGCUGGAGCCUGCAGAUCCGUCCAGCUUCAAGCAGUACAGAUUCAAGAACCUGUUCAUCAAGGCCUCCCCCAUUCCCUGCCUCAGCUGGGCCAGCUCGGACGACGUGUGGAUCAAAAUGCUCAACAAGGAGCUGAAGUACGUUCACGACAGGAGCUACCUGCAGCGGCAUCCCAAACUGCAGCCCAACAUGAGGGCCAUCCUGCUCGACUGGCUGUUCGAGGUGUGCGAGGUGUACUCCCUCCACCGGCAGACGGCCUACCUCGCCCAGGACUUCUUCGACCGCUUCAUGCUGACUCAGGAGAACGUCAACAAAGACUACCUGCAGCUCAUCGGCAUCACGGCGCUCUUCGUCGCCUCCAAGAUAGAGGAAAUCUACCCUCCUAAAAUCUUAGACUUCGCCUAUGUCACAGACGGAGCCUGCGAUAUUUGGGACAUCCAGCGCACGGAGCUUCACAUACUGAAGGCGUUGAACUGGAAUCUCUGUCCGGAGACGCCCAUCUCCUGGUUGAAGCUGUACGCUCAGGUGGAAGCCCAGAAAGACGGCGAGAACUUCCUGGUGCCGCAGUUCUCCCAGGAAACGUACAUCCAGAUCACACAGCUGUUGGACCUGUGUAUCCUGGAUAUCCACUCGUUGGACUACAGCUACAGUGUUCUCGCCGCAGCGGCCUUCUGCCACUUCUCCACGUUCGACGUCGUUCAUAAAGUCUCGGGUCUGACGUGGGAGGGCGUGGCUCCUUGUGUCCGGUGGAUGAGUCCCUUUAUGGACGUCCUGCGAUCUCAACCCACACCUCAACUCAAGAUCUUCUCCAAAGUCAAACCUGACGCCCGGCACAACAUCCAGACACACGUGGCUUACCUGGACCUGCUGAGAAAAUCUCAUGACCUUCGACCUGACAGCCCUGACUGUCAGAUGUCUCCCGUCGCCGUGGGAGCGCUCCUGACUCCGCCCAGCAGCACAGAGAAACCAGCCAAUCACUGAGCAGGGCGCACUACCUCUUCGUACAGUUUGACCUGAAGGGACGUCUCUGAUCGCAUCAGCUCGUCGCCAACCGGACACGAUUUUUAUUUUUUUAGAAAAGCAAAUUUUAUGUAGCAUGUUUUUAUUUUUAUUUUUUUAAACACUAGAUCGGGAACUCAUGUCGGCCUUUUUUAUUAAUCUGGUUUUUUGAAACUUGAGAUUGUCAGGAUUCGCUGUUCUUCGGACGGUGUGUGACUCGGGUUAACUGAUGCUGGUUAACGGUUUUAGACUGAAGCCGCACCAACCGGAGUCCACUGAUGAUGAAGAUGUGGGAUCGCCAAACGGUCUCGUUGCUUGAGAGGAAACGGAACAUUUUGAAGUAUUUAUCUGGGAGUUUUACUGGUGCUAUUCCUGAAACGAAGUGUAAAUGCUUCCAGAUGGUGCUUCAGUCAGAUUCUCAGGAGAAUGAAAAUGAGGCGUAUCUCAUUUUCUACGUUCAAAUAUAUAUAUAUUUUUUUUCAACUCUGAAAUGGGGUUAAGUUUAAAUAUUAUCCCCUCCUAAAUCACCAUUCAAAUGUAUGUAAACUUGCAGGUUUACGCUCCUAAUUGUGGAAACGAUGUGAUUAUUCUACAAAGAUUGUGUUUUUUUUUUUGUUUUUUUUGCUACAUGAGCCAUACCAAUAAUCAGACACUUUAAUUGCUGUUAACAUCCUGAAAACUGCAGGUGUUGAACAGACCUGACCGGUUUGUGUGGCUCAAUAAUUCCCCUCUUCAAUCGGGUUAUUGUUGCAACCUUGUUGCACAUUCUUGUUACAUUCCUGAGAAACUUGACUUGCAUAGGAAAACUGCAGUUUUUGCUUUUCAAAGUGCUUGUAUUUAUUAAGCCUUAGUAUGUAAAAACAAAAUGUCUGUCUAUAAGUUAAAAAAAAAAAAAAUUCUGUGAUGAAUGAGCUCAGUUUGAUCGCUGCCAAAGGCAAAAGCUAUUUAUGAUUUUGCUAUGUGACACAUUUUAUGUUGAAUUGCAGAAAAUGUGCACUAGCCUGUCCAUUCUUAGUGCCUUUUUAAAAAAAAAAAAAUAUGAACUGUACAGCUACCUAACUUAAGCUGCAGCGAGCUAAAAGUGUGAACAAACCUGUGACUGUAAACCUGAAAUCUCUACAGCUCGAUCGAGACUGCAGUGAACAAACUAUGUAAACUGUAGAUGUUAAAGAAUUUAUGUUUUGUAAAUACAAUAAUUCAGAAAUGUGUAAUUUCUUUUAUAUUGGAAUGUUUUAAAUAAAUGAAAGGAGUUUGGUA